CGUCACAGAUGUGUAAAAAUAGUCGAUUCUUGUUGCUAUUCCUAGCGCGAGCUCCAUGGUGAUCACCUUCACUUCAACUCCCCAAUUAUCUCCAUACUCCACGCGUACGCGUGCGCAGCAACCCCCUAGACAAUUGCGCAGUGUCCAGCACUAAUUUGAAGCUACUUGGGAUGAGCAAUCGCGCCAAGGCUGUAUCUCUGUUGAUCCGGGAGGAAGUGAAGAGUGACAAAAGACAAGCUGUGGUAGAUGCUCUGACAGCCAAACUCACUGCGAAAUAUGCGAAGCAAGAUCCGGCGUUCGCUUCCUCCAUCGCCUCAAUGGCCAAUCGACUGUUGCUUCACUCGCAAAAGCGGAUAAUGGAGGCAGAUAUCGUGGCACUGGAAGCUGUGGUCAAGAAGAUGAGUAUGGAGCGCCAGAAACUCAAGCAAUCAGGCACCACUAACGGCACUAACGGAGAUAACAAUGCUCGAGGAAACCAUGCAGAUGGGGUUAGAGCUACUGUAAGUGCUGGAGGCGAAUCCGUAACUAGAGGCUCUCGAGCCAACUUGGAAGCUCUUAAGGAACAGGAUGAGUGGGUGCUUCUCAACGCACUCACUCUUGUGGAGUUCGAAAGUGACCAGGAGAAAGAGAAGGCUAAAUUAUUGGAGAAGAAGAAAAUGCAGAAAGCUUGGUUGGAUGCUCAACAAAAGGAGAAAGCCAAGUGUCGUAAUACGGAGAAGAAGAUGAAAGAAGAAGCGUUCCAAUACCAAGUGCAAGAUAUAAACAAAUGGCGCGAGCAAGAGAGCGCCAAAUUGCAGCAACAGCACGAAGGCAUCCUCAAAGUCCGUCGCGAGCGAGACGAGCAGCUUCGACAGCAGAAACUUGCAGCGGAGCAACGUGAAGCUCAGCGUAAACAGGACGAGGCAGCUGAAGUGGAGCGUGUCCAAGCCGAGCUGAAGCGUCUAGAGGAAGACGCUCGUCAUCGUCGCGAGACUGAACACGCACGUAUGAAGAAACUGCAGGACGAGAACACGCGCGUUCAGAGGCAGAAAAGCCGAGCCAAGUUGCUGGAGCACCAGGAAGAUGUGGAACUCAUGGAGGCGUAUGCGCGUCGAUUGGCGAAAGAGGAUGAAGAUCGAAUGCGUCGAUUGCAAAUGAAUCUCCAACGUCGUGACCAGCGGAUGGGAAUUGCUGAGAGUUUACAGGCCCAGAUGAGGCAAAAGGCAUUGGAGGACGAACGGCGUGCUGAGGAGUAUCAGAAGAAAAAAGAUGCAGCGGACAUUUUAGUGCAGCAGCAGAAGGAAGACGCGCGGUACAAAGAGGCACUCGAGCGACAGAAAUUCUUGUUGGUGCAGCGAGCGCAGAAGAAGCAACGGGAGCGUCAAGAAGUCGAGGAUGAUCUAACGUUUGCUCGUCAGUAUCACGCUGAGGGAAGAGCUGCGCUUGAGGCCCAACAACGGCAUGUCCAAGGCAUACGCCAACGCAACAAGAGCUUCCAGAAGAAGUUGAUCGUGCAAAUGGCCGAGCAGAGGCAGGGACAACCCAUGUCUCCUCUGCAUUUGCCUCGAACACUCAUGAACAGCCGUGAGAGAAGCUUGAAUGCCAAGCUGCUGCAGAAGCUGGAAGACCCGGACAUGGGACAGAAGGUAUUGGAAAAAGUGAGCCCUGCCAAAGAAGCCCCCGUCAUCACGACUACUUUCUAUUGAUCAGAGCACGCAGGGUUUUAAACUCACAAAAAAAUAUUCGAAACGAUUUCUCAAAUGUCUUGAAGUCACAGUUAUUGCAAUAUACAUUCCAUUUAGCUAC